CCUGUUUGAAUAGUUUGUGAUAGUUGGAACGCAGCCGCGGUGGGUCUCAGCAGCUCCCUGUCUCCACAGCGCCUGUAGCUCUCCGUUCUAGAUAAACAACUGCUAAACAAAGUUUUAUAGUUGAGUUAUUCUCUGUCAGUGAGGAGGAAACACACAGGAGUUAGCGACAUGCCUGCUGUUUCUAAAGGAGAUGGGAUGCGCGGGUUGGCUGUCUUCAUAUCCGAUAUCAGAAACUGUAAAAGUAAAGAGGCAGAGAUUAAGAGGAUAAACAAAGAACUGGCCAACAUCCGCUCCAAGUUUAAAGGAGACAAAACUUUGGAUGGCUACAGUAAAAAGAAAUAUGUCUGCAAACUGCUCUUCAUCUUCCUUUUGGGCCAUGAUAUCGACUUUGGACACAUGGAGGCGGUCAACCUGCUCAGCUCCAACAAAUACACGGAGAAGCAAAUCGGUUACCUGUUCAUCUCGGUGCUGGUAAACUGUAACAGUGACCUGAUUCGUCUGAUCAACAACGCCAUCAGGAAUGACCUCGCCAGCCGCAACCCCACCUUCAUGAACCUGGCUCUGCACUGCAUCGCUAAUGUGGGGAGCAGGGAGAUGGCGGAGGCGUUUGCUUCUGAAAUUCCCAGGAUCCUGGUGGCGGGGGACACGGUGGACAGCGUGAAGCAGAGUGCAGCGCUGUGUCUGCUACGACUCAACAAGACGUCUCCAGACCUGCUGCCGAUGGGUGAAUGGACCAUGCGAGUGGUUCAUCUACUGAACGAUCAGCACCUGGGAGUCGUUACAGCAGCCACCAGCCUCAUCACCACUCUGGCUCAGAAGAGCCCUGAUGACUUUAAAACAUCCCUGUCACUGGCUAUGACCAGGCUCAGCAGGAUUGUGACCUCUGCAUCCAUCGACCUGCAGGACUACACAUACUACUUUGUUGCUGCUCCCUGGUUGUCUGUGAAGCUGCUGCGGCUACUGCAGUGCUACCCUCCACCUGAGGACGCCUCGCUGCGUAGCCGUCUGACCGAAUGUCUGGAGACCAUCCUAAGUAAAGCUCAGGAGCCGUCCAAGUCCAAGAAGGUCCAGCACUCCAACGCUAAAAAUGCUGUUCUGUUUGAAGCCAUCUCCCUCAUCAUCCACCAUGACAGUGAACCCACGCUGCUGGUGCGAGCGUGCAACCAGCUCGGCCAGUUUCUGCAGCACAGAGAAACCAACCUCCGCUAUUUGGCUCUGGAGAGCAUGUGCACGCUGGCCAGCUCCGAGUUUUCUCACGAAGCUGUAAAGACUCACAUCGAAACCGUCAUCAAUGCCCUGAAGACUGAGAGAGAUGUGAGUGUUCGCCAACGUGCCGUGGACCUGCUCUACGCCAUGUGUGACCGCAGCAAUGCUAAGCAGAUUGUCACAGAGAUGCUGAGCUACCUGGAGACAGCAGACUAUGCUAUCAGAGAGGAGAUCGUGCUCAAGGUGGCCAUCCUAGCUGAAAAGUACGCAGUGGACUACACCUGGUACGUGGACACCAUCCUUAACCUCAUACGCAUCGCUGGAGACUACGUCAGUGAGGAGGUGUGGUAUCGUGUCAUCCAGAUAGUCAUUAAUCGAGAUGAUGUCCAAGGCUAUGCUGCCAAGACUGUUUUUGAGGCUCUUCAGGCUCCAGCAUGCCAUGAAAACCUGGUGAAGGUGGGAGGCUACAUUCUCGGAGAGUUUGGAAACCUUAUUGCUGGUGAUCCACGCUCCAGCCCCCUGGUCCAGUUCAACCUCCUACACUCUAAGUUCCACCUGUGUUCUGUGCCGACUCGGGCCCUGCUGCUGUCAGCAUACAUCAAGUUCAUUAACUUGUUCCCAGAGGUGAAAGGCACCAUCCAGGAUGUGCUGCGCUCUGACAGCCAGCUGCGUAAUGCAGAUGUGGAGCUUCAGCAGAGAGCUGUGGAGUACCUGAGGCUCAGCUAUAUCGCCAGCACCGACAUACUGGCAACUGUUUUAGAGGAAAUGCCUCCUUUCCCCGAAAGAGAAUCUUCAAUCCUGGCCAAGCUCAAGAAAAAGAAGGGUUCUAGUAAACUUCCAGACUUGGAUGAUUCACGACGAAACGUCAACGGCAGCGCCGAACACACUGACGACACAGAGGCUUCAAGCAAGGGUCCUGCUCAUAGUUUCACUGAGACACUGAACCUAAACUCCACUUCCUCAUCAAGAUCCAGCCUGCUAGUAGAUGUAUUUUCUGACAUCUCUACGUCUGCAUCCACAGAAGUUUCAGAAGAACAUUUUUCCAGGUUUGUGUGUAAGAGCAACGGAGUGAUCUAUGAGAACCAGCUUCUGCAGAUUGGACUCAAAUCGGAGUACCGUCAGAACCUUGGUCGUGUGUACGUGUUCUACGGCAACAAGACAUCCACUCAGUUCCUUAGUUUCUCUUCAUCAGUGACCACUAAUGACGUCCUCGGCUCUCAGUUGAACGUCCACACCAAGACUGUAGACCAGUUAAUAGAGGGUGGUGCUCAGGUCCAGCAGAUCCUAAAUAUCGAAUGUGUGUCUGAUUUCUCUGAUGCGCCUGUUCUCAACAUUCAGUUCAGGUACGGUGGAACAUUGCAGAGCAUCGCAGUGAAACUUCCCGUGAUGCUGAACAAGUUCUUCCAGCCCACAGAGAUGACAUCCCAGGAUUUCUUCCAACGCUGGAAACAGCUUGGAGCUCCUCAGCAGGAGGUGCAGAACAUCUUCAAAGCCAAACACCAAAUGGAUACUGAUGUUACCAAAGCAAAGCUGCUGGGCUUUGGUGUGGCUCUGUUGGACAGAGUGGAUCCCAAUCCUGCUAACUUUGUUGGAGCCGGCAUCAUUCACACCAAGUCCACUCAGGUGGGCUGUCUCCUCAGGCUGGAGCCAAAUGCACAAGCUCAGAUGUACCGUCUAACCCUCAGAACCAGCAAGGACUCUGUGUCUCGGCGACUCUCUGAGCUGCUUUCAGAACAGUUUUAGACUCAACAAAUGCCUAAAAACCUUCUCCGUUGGAUCAGAAAUGUUGUUCUGUACAUCAUGUCACCUGCUUCACACUCGAGUGGAUUGUAAUGUACUUUUGCACAUCUAUUUAACAAGAUGCCAGGCCCCUUAUGGCACUUGCACAUUAGGGUUGGUGCAGUCGGGGGAGGAUUGCAUCAUUUCGGUCUCACACGGGCAGUGUGGUGUUCACAUGUAGUUCCAAAGGAGUUCUCAGGAAUGCGGGAAUCCCAGAGCAUGUGGGUGUGCAGGAAAGUCUGUAGUACCCUUGUUAAGACAACAAAGGCGGGUGUGAGUUGUGUUGCUUUUGGAGACUCUGAACCACAUUAUUUUAUUAAUUUGCUCCCUCUUCUCUCACUGUUGUGUGUGUACUCAAACUCCUCACACACACACACACACACACACACACACACACACACACUGCUCUCUUUACUUAACAGCUUCCAGCGUAAAAAUGAAUUGUGCAUGGAACCCUCCUGGCUUAUUCUACUCGCCAAUCAGAGGCAGUUGGUGUGAAUUUCAGCCGGCCAAUCGGUCCGUAGUGUCACCUCAGUCCCAGUCGGACCUCUGAGGAAGAGAUCUGAACAAAAGAGUCACCUCGGAACAGAAAAUGCAUAUCUGACCCACGCGUGAAACCAAAUCCCAGUCCCGAACCUGACCAUACCCACCCAGAUUUAGGUUCUGCUGAAAGCCCUCUAGGCUCUGGUGCAGACCCUUCAGCUUCUACAGUUGUGACAUUCGUGAACGAACCGAUUUUUUUGAACGGCUCAUAAACAUGAAUGAUGGGAGCCGGGUCGCGGCUGGGGGGGGGGGGGGGGGGGGGGCUGUUCUUUCUGUCGUUUUUUUUCCCUAUGCGUGUUUCACACAGAUCCACAUAAAUUAGCUCCUCCACGAGACAGAACCGUUAUAGGGGGUAGUGACGUGAUGUUCACGAAGGAAACGGUAGAGCACACCCGCUCAAACCCCACCCGCUGUGACGGGCGCAGGAGGAACGCUGCACCCUCACGUUGCUCUUAAUCGAUCACACGGCUGUUACAUAAUUAUCUUGCACUUGUUGGGUGAAAAAGUAGAACACAACUUUCUUGUCAGAAGUUGUGGAAGAUCAGCUCGCUCAAACACAUACAUAUAUAUUUAUAGAUGAGAUUUCCACGCUGUGGUUUUGUUUAAACUGUGGGUGUUUGGGUUACGCUUCUGUUCUUAGGGUUAGGUGUUUCCUGUUUCCAGUCACACCUAAAGCGUAAAUAUGUUACUGCCGUAACUUUUAUCAGGUUUCUGUCCUGAAUAAAGCUCUUCCAACAUUUGUGCCAGAA